AUGGCGACCAGCUACGAAUUGCAGUAUCCAGUGACCCAGGCUACAGUGACGACUGCUUUUGACCCCAAUUCGACCCACACCUCGCAAAAGGAUGAUAUAAAUCGUACACAAUCUUUGCAUCCCAACCGACUUCCCUCUUCGAAGCAUCACCCUUCUGACUACAAUCCUUAUGAUGAGCGGUGGUUGUCUUAUAACCCUCACGUUGAACGCCGGUCAAGCUCGACCCCUGAUGUUCGCGAAACCGUGGCGGACCUUUCCAGAGAAAAAUUGAGCGUUGAAAAUACCCGAACGGAAGCAGAGGGCGGGGUCCGUGGUUGGAUGACGAUUGCGGGAGGCUGGCUUGUUCUUUUCGCUACGUUUGGAACUGUUUACUCGUUUGGUGUUUAUGAAGAGUUUUACGUGUUCCGAUACCUUCCCAACCAUACCUCAAGCAGCAUAGCAUGGAUUGGAAGCUUCCAACUCAUGAUGCCCUACUUGCUCGGGAUCGUCUCUGGCAAGCUUUUUGACAACGGCUAUUUCCACCACCUCGAAAUAGUUGGCGGCCUACUGUUUACCUUCUCACUCUUCAUGCUCUCACUCGCCAAACCACUCCAAUACUAUCAAAUAUUUCUUAGUCAGGGACUCGGCAUGGGUAUUGGUGCCGGCUUAAUUUUCGUCCCAACGAUCUCCGUCACGUCCCACCACUUCGCCAAACGGCGUGCUCUUGCUAUGGGUAUCCUUCUUACAGGAAUAUCGGCUGGCUCCACCAUCUUUCCUAUCAUGCUCAAUCAUCUUAUCCCCAAGAUUGGUUUUGGACCCGCUGUGCGAGCCUCAGGCUACAUUGUUCUCCCUUUUAGCAUCGUCGGAAAUCUACUUAUGCGGACUGGACCUCUUCGUUCAAAGCGGGCACCCCCAGAUCUCAAAAGUUUCUUCCGAGAUGUCCCGUACCUUUGGGCAAUUCUGGGCUCGUUGUUGUCGACAUUUGGGGUUUAUAUGCCUUUGAUAUACGUCCAGCUAUAUGCUGUACAGCACUCUGUUGGUGCGAAUUUAGCAUUCUACUCCAUCGCAAUUAUGAAUGGAACCUCGGCGUUCGGACGUGUCGCGGCCAAUUACCUCGCCGACAUCUACAGUCCCUUCGGACUACAAGUAUUUUGCACCCUCGGUACCGCAGCUACAAUCUGGGCCGUUUUAGGAAUACAUGAUUCAGGGAGUUUAAUAGUCGUCAGUAUCUUCUACGGCAUAUUCUCUGGGGCAUGGCUGGCCCUUUCGCUUGCUUGUCUAGCCUCGUUGGCCCGCACUCCAGACGAAGUGGGGGCAAGAGCAGGAAUUGCUCUGGCCUUUGCCAGUUUUGGCUCCCUCGGCGCAGCUCCCAUUCAAGGCGCUCUUCUCACUCGACAUUUCCAUUGGGUGCGGGCUGUGACAUUUGCUGCGACAAUCGUGAUGGCAAGCGCCGUUUGCUUUGUUUUCAUGACGAUUUUGAUUCGGCGCCGCUCUUCGUAA